AUGUCGCUAAGCCAUGAUAAGAAGGGUGCCACAGCUGCCAACCUCAGCAGUAUUGACAAGACGCAGACGUCGACAACAAUUUCUGCUGCCUAUCCAAGUCCUCCAAGCUCACCACCUCAAGCAAGAACACACUAUCGUGAAGUCCCGAGACAGUACGGAGACGCAAUUCGAACGUGUCCACCUUCUCAUUCGUCGCCGUUCAUGCUUCAGAAGGAGGAGCUUACAGAAACAAUAGUCGAUAUUUCGGUAUUGAGGACUUCUCUGGGUCUUGGAACACUAUGUGGAGGUCUCACAAAGUCAGGGAACCCUUGUAAAAAUGCAUCACCAGCUGCGAACAAGAACGAGGUUACUUCACAGCUCAAGUCAAUGACAUGCUUCACGCAGUCAUCUACAGAACUUGACGCUGCGCUGGCUAAAAUGGUCACUCUAGUGCAUUGCAAGUUGCAUCGGAGUGGUAUCCCGAAAAAGUCUCGAAUCGAUGCCUGGAAACUUACAUUUCCAGCCGGAGAAAUUGUUAUCGACUCGGCCGCGACAAUUGAAAAGUGUAUCAGAAAGCUUCUGGAAAUAGAAUCUAAUCAAUGUAUAGAAGAAGCGGAUCGCGAGCGAAAACGAUGUCCAUAUUGCAUUGGCGGGCAAAGGGUGCAUAAUUGCGUGGCGACGAUCAAUGAGAUCACCAAACCAAAGGUCUACUUGAACGAUGCUUACCUUAACUUCUUUCUCAAAGUCUUGGAGACAAACAUGCGCUGCCGUCAGCACAUAAAUAAACGGCCUCUGACAAGAGUGGCUGAGUGGCAAUUGCGCAUAGCAAAAGUCCUCGAGGAGCAACAAGUCAAAACCAGCGGAAGCGCUACACGGGGCAAGAUGGUACGCACAUCUGGAGACCCAGAUACGGAAGCGUCUGAAAACACCUCGAACAAACCCAACCGUGAUCUUGUCUCGCGGAAGAGGCGCUCUCUGACCACGGACUUUGAUCAAGAUUUGAGUAACUAUUGGCCGGCAGCGUACGACACCUCUCCUUUCGAGAUCAUCGACAGGAACAACCGGCGAAUUGGUUAUAAGUGCUCAUAUUACACGAUCAAAACGACAAUGAUGAGAGAGUUGUGUAACCAAGACCUUCAAAGCGGAUACGUUUAUGUGUAUGAGGUUGAAGGAAACAAAGGAUUUGUGAAAAUUGGAUACACUACUCGCUCUGUUGAGGAGCGCCAUCAGGAGUGGAACUUCGAUUGCAACAGACCCUCCAAACUCCUAUAUCCCAUACCUUCUGGCACAGUCGCGAGAGUCAGAAAUGCCCGUCGUGUCGAGGCAUUGUGUCACGCGGAGCUUGACCACUUGAGGAUGACAAUAUACUGCAAGAAUUGCUUGAAGGAGCAUUUGGAGUGGUUUGAAGUGUCUUCUGCGCAGGCCAUCGAAAUAAUCCAGAAAUGGUCCACGUGGAUGGCGACGGACCCAUACCACCAGCCCUAUGGUUUGAGAUCUGGGAAGAAAUGGACACUGAAGGAAGAGGAGAGGAAGGGAACAUGGGACAUGGAUCGUUUCAUGGCGAAAUUAUCAGGGGCCGCGAAACCAGCUGUGGUCUUAGGUCUCAAGUUGGACGAAGCUAGAUCUGAGGGUCUUGUUGCCUCAAGCGCUUGA